AUGGACGUCCAAAAGUGUCUGGACAUCUUGAGCGCGCGCGUGGAGACAAAGCACACGCACGAAGGUGACGACGAACACCACCACACUGCAUGUGUCGAAGAGAAUGCAAGCCGAUGCUUGGAUCUUAAAGUUGACGACGCGCUGAACCCAGCGUUAGAACCAGAGCUGGAGACGAUGAGUGUCCGUGAACUCGUCACGACUUUCCGCUCUUGCCAAGAACAACGCGUGCACGUCUACCAGCAGUUUGAAAAGGGCUUCCUGGAGCACAUGUUCACGGACUCACUUCCGCAAUUUUCACAAAACAUUACCAAGCAAUUUGCAUCAAUCAGCAACCAGAUCAAUGCGAUCGAGAGUUCCCUUCGCACGAGGCAAGUUCCGUUGUCGAUUCCAUCCAUCAUGCGCAAAGUCCAAGGCGAAGAAAAGGAAAAGCUUCUUCUGACAUCUGCGUUGUUGUUGGAGAAGAUGCGACUGAAGCGCCAAGUCAGCACCAACCCAGACGACUCGUCUGUCUCCCUCUUUGAAUCGUCUAUUGAGUCAAUGCAAUCGACCCACACGGCCAUCAUCGAGCGCAUCAACGACCUCCUCACCGACCUGCUCUACGAGAUGGAAGACUUUCAGGACUGAUCGUAGCGAUUCGGCUCUUUUCAAGUGGGACGGUGCUGGCAUUCAUGAUCGCAUUCCCGGGCUGUACAUCGACCCUUUGUCAUGACACUCACCCUUCCAAACAAAUGCAAACUCUUGUUCACGAAAUGCACAUGCCUUGUGCUUGGAUUUGCUGUAAGCACAAC